GGGGUGCACAGAGGCUGUGUGUGGAGAUGAAUACAGCUGUGCAGAGACCCAGAGGGAGAUGCAGAGACGGUAAAACAUCCAACAGGAGCCCACACUCCAGGAGCAAAUAACACAAGCAACUGCUAGACGGUAGAUGGAAGAAAACUGGGAUAUAAUCAUAGAUAACCGAGGAAGAAGACCAGUCUCAGCCUCUCACAGCAUUUGAGGCGGAAGAGUGGGGGGCAGGAACAAAAGAAAGCGUGGAAAGAGAAGAGGAGUGACCUGAGGUGGGAAAAGAAAAGCAGAAGACUGAAACAGUUGCUGACCUCUGCCUGCUGAUCCGCCAUGUCUGUCCAGCUGCACGUGCUACUGACCCUCUGCAUGACCUUCACACAGGGUAGUUGUAUGUAUCCUAACCACCACUGGGGGGAAUGGAACGACUCACAGCUUCUGCCAACAAUUCAGAAGCUGAUGAAAGGAUACAACCGCUACCUCAGACCUAAUUUCAAUGAGGGCCCUGUGGAAAUUGGAAUGAGUCUUGACAUCGCCAGCAUUGACGCCAUCUCAGAAAUCAAUAUGGACUACACUGCAACUAUCUUCCUCCGUCAGCGGUGGCGUGAUUCCCGGUUGGUGUUCCCGGGCAAUGAGAGUGUCAGCGUGGACGGACGCCUUGUGUCACUGCUCUGGAUCCCUGACACCUUCAUCCCCGACUCCAAGCGUUCCUUCUUGCAUGAUGUCACGGUGGAAAACCGCCUCAUCCGCAUCUUCAGCAAUGGAACCGUUCUCUACGCCCUCCGCAUCACAGCUACGAUUGCCUGCAACAUGGACCUGACUAAGUACCCCAUGGACAGACAAGUGUGCACCCUGCAGCUGGAGAGCUGGGGCUACAACCUGCAGGACGUGGUGUUCUACUGGACCAGAGGGAAUGACUCAGUGAAAGGUCUAGACACACUGCGGUUGGCCCAGUACAGUGUAGAGAGCUACUACACCUCAGUGUCAGAGGCUGUGUAUGAGACAGGACAAUACCCCAAGCUGGUGUUGCAUUUUGCACUGCGCAGAAAUGUGUUGUUCUUUAUCUUGGAGACGUAUGUUCCCUCCAUUCUGCUGGUGGUUCUCUCCUGGGUCUCUUUCUGGAUCAGCCAAUCCUCUGUCCCCGCUAGGACCUGUAUUGGCGUGACAACAGUCCUGACAAUGACAACACUGAUGAUGGGCGCCCGCACUUCCCUGCCAAACGCCAACUGCUUCAUCAAGGCCAUAGACGUUUACCUGGGAAUCUGCUUCACCUUCAUCUUUGGUGCACUGCUGGAGUAUGCCUGUGCCCACUUCUGUACCAUGCAGCACCACACCUUAGAGGAUUUUCACAGGGAUCUCCUGAGGGAGUUCAAUGAAUCCAAUGGAAAUGGUUCUAUCCCCAUCGCCAGCUCCACCCAACCAAACCAGUCUGUGGAGAUUGGCUCCACUGCAGAGGAGCCCACAGAGCAGUCAGCGAACAGUGACACUCGGAACAAUGAUGGAACGAAAGAGAAGACGCCUGGGCAGGGCUGCGGCCUGUCUUCAGUGAAGGAUGCGUCGCGUAGGGCAGCAUCCGUCUUCCAUGUGGAAAAUCCACACAACAUUGAUCGCCACGCUCGCACUGUUUUCCCCACUGCGUUCCUUUUCGUUAAUAUCCUCUACUGGCUUUAUUACCUCUUUCUCUGAGAGCCCGUUCCAAACUGCUGCAUUAAUUCACCAUCCUGAAGCUGCUCUACCUCUUCAAUUGAGACCCAAUACCAGUUGCCACUGCCUGGAUCUAUACUGAUCAUAGAACCAUUUUGUAUCACAUAUAAGAAACCUUGUUGUCCCACAGACAGGGCGACAAAGUUAUGAAAAGCAGUGGAAUUUCCUCUUUGUAUCACACUCUGAAUUAUAAGCUAGUAUUGAUCACAUAUGAAUGGAUUGCUACUAACAUAUUAACAAUUAGGAUUGCAUUAACUAGCUGUAAACAAUAGGCUGCCUGAACUGCAUCACACUAUACUGUGCUGCUC